UCUGCCAGCUUGCGCCCUGGCGCUGUGGAGACGGCGAGGCAGAUGGACCUCUCUGAUGCGCUCGACGACCACUGCCACCAGCUCUUCUUCGAGAACCUCGGGGCAGCCGAGCGCGCGGACAUCCUGUCCGAGAUGCUCACCAGCGCGUCGGGCUUCCUGGAUGUCGCGCCCAGCGAGAAGCUGGGGCUGCUCUUCGAGCCGGGAGAGUUCCUCGCCGCGGGG